UUCCUUUCUUGUGCCUCUCCUCACUCUCACUUAAUUUGAGUUGGUCAAGACACCAAAGUCUACUUAUUUUUUCUUAAGUUUUUGCUUCCUUUAGUUGUUCCAAUUUAUUAAUCAGGAAGAUUAAUUAAUUUAAGUGAUUAAGCAAAUGGAUAAGCUUAAUUUUAUUAAAAAUGGAGUGAGUAGAUUACCUCCUGGAUUUCGUUUUCAACCAACAGAUGAAGAACUUGUGUUUCAAUAUUUGAAAUGUAAGAUUUUCUCAUGCCCUUUGCCUGCUUCCAUCAUUCCUGAGGUCAAUGUUUGCAAAUAUGAUCCUUGGGAUUUGCCAGGAGGUUGUGAUGAACAAGAGAGGCACUUUUUUAGUUCAAAAGAAUCAAAGAAUAGAAAUAGUAAUAGAAUGAGUAGAACAACAAAAUGUGGAUAUUGGAAGGCAACAGGGUCAGACAAAAGAAUUUCAUCUUCAACUUGCAAUGGCAUUAUUGGGCUAAGAAAAACUCUAGUUUUUUAUGAAGGAAAAUCUCCAAAUGGGUCUAGAACUAAUUGGAUCUUACAUGAAUAUCGUCUCAUCAAUGUGGAAAGUCCCACCAACUCAACUCAGAACUAUGGAAAUGAGAUAGGAGAUUGGGUUUUGUGUCGGUUAUCUAUGAGGAAAAGAAGUUUAGAAUAUGGAAGCACUAGUACUCAUAAUAAUGCUACUAAUAAUUCAAGAUUAAUGUUUGAUUUUAUGAUGGUAAACAACAACAAGACAUGUUCUUCUACUUCCUCUUCAUGUUCAAGUUCUAGUAACAACAACAUUGAGGUCUCUUCAAAUCAUCACGAAAAUGGCUAUGCUGAUUUUUAAUCAAGAAUAAUCAACAUUCUUAAUUAACUAAUUUUCUAUAUGCUAGAGGGUGAUCGAUCCAUGUACCAAAAUAUUGUAAUAUGCUUAUCGUUGAUGUUUUUAUAAUUCAAUAUAUAGUACGUAGUAAUGUAAUUUCAUUAAGCUCUCCAUGUGUUACAUAAGCUCAAGAUUAUAUAAUUCAGAACCAAGUUUCACUUGAGAUAAGCCAUUCUUAUUAUUUAAUUUUUUUUUCACCAUGAUAUUAAUACGAAUUUUUUACCGCUGUUUAA